GGGUAGCACAGCCAAUAGGAAGUGAAAUUGUGAUGUAGAGAAAAUUACGUCUUCAUUAUGAGAUUUGCUACCUGCUACAAAGAAUAAAGUACUUGUAUGCUCUCCUAAGUAUAUAAAUUUUAAGGUUCACAACGAGCAUUCUUUGUUCUCUUCGAAAAAUUCUAGCUCAUCCUGUUAAGAAAAUUUAUCCAAGCUAAACCUGAGUAGUUGGGCUGGAUUGUCCAUCAACCAAGUAAUAUAAAGCUUGAAGAACUUGCCCAUAUAUAAAGGCCAGGCGAUGCCGGAUCCCCUUGUCAUUAUUUGAAUGCAACUCUGCCCAACCAGCUAACUCAGCUUUCACAACGUUACAUGUUACACAACUUUUUUCACUCCAGUGACCCAGCAAAAAUUCAAGUUUUGUUUCAAAGUUUCAAAUCAGGAUUAAAUAGUGAUUAAAUGGACAACCAAAAACAUAGUGUCAAAGUGAAUCAAACCACCUGUAUCACAACCCACUACUUUCUCCAAUGAAUUUGGUCCGUUGAAGAAUUAAGGCCAAGUAAAUAUAUUUGGGAAAUUGAACCUUAUUCAGCAUUUCCAACAAUACAAGUCAAGGGCUGUUUUCUUUUCCAAGAUUACGUCAAAGCAGUGAACCUUCACAAUGACACCAACCUGCUGUUGUUACUGAGUUCUAUACUUUUUAAACCAACCAAACCAAAGAUACAUUUACAGCAAAUUUCUUCAAUUAACUAACAACAAUGUCUCCGAGUCCAAACCAAACCACGGACACAAUGCUCAUGGUCAUUCCCGAUGUUAAGGAAUUCACUGAAAUUGAGGCAGAUAUCCCACUUUUAGAGGAAAAUGAGAAAACUAUCACCUCGAUCUCGUCAUCAUCGGGAGAGUCCUCCGAUGGAUCUGAUCUGUCUACCACAAAACUCCUCAAUAAUGAAAUCGAGAAAAAGACGUCAAUUCUAGCAUCAGUUACUUUACAACCACUUGCACCAGAUGAUGAAAAACAUAUCAAAAUCAACUUUCCAUCACCACCGUUAGAAUCGAGUAAUCCAUCUCGUAGUAUUAUUUUUGGACAAAUUUGGCCACAGGUAAUGGCAGCAAUAGCAGUAUCACUUGGUUCCAUGAUUAUAGGAUUUGGUUCGGCCUACACUGCAACAGCUUUGCCAACGAUGACUGCAGAAAGAAACUCUACCUUAAUUAUAGAUAGUGAGGGUCGGGAGGCUUCCUGGAUAGGUAGUUUGCUCCCAUUAGGAGCACUAAUUGGAGGAAUAGGAGGAGGAACGCUAGUGGAGGUUUUAGGUCGUAAAAGCACAAUUCUCGCCACUUCAGGUCCCUUUAUACUGUCGUGGCUUUUAAUCGGAUUUGCAACAGACGUUUACAUGAUCUAUAUUGCUCGAGCCAUCGCCGGAUUUUGCGUGGGCGUCGCAUCACUCUCUCUUCCAGUCUACCUGGCUGAGACGGUUCAGCCCGAGGUCCGUGGGACGCUUGGCCUGCUUCCAACCACUAUUGGAAAUAUGGGAAUUUUAAUUUGUUUCAUUUCCGGUUCUUAUAUGAGGUGGAAUCACCUUGCGUAUCUGGGAGCUGUAUUGUCCCUCCCAUUUUUAUUCGCCAUGCUCUGCAUCCCCGAAACCCCGAGGUGGUACAUUGCAAAGGGAAAAGAAGAAGAGGCUCAGAAAGCUCUUCAGUGGCUCCGAGGACCUUCAGCCGAUAUUCGAACAGAACUGAACGAGAUCAAGAAUACUCAUCUUUUGUCCACUAAAUACGCCACCAAAGUGAAGGAUCUAUUAGGAAAAACUUAUCUCAAACCGUUGCUCACUUCCUUAGGCCUAAUGUUUUUUCAACAAUUUAGCGGAAUUAAUGCUGUUAUUUUUUAUACUGUAAACAUUUUCGAAAUGUCUGGAUCCUCUGUGGACUCUAAUUUGGCCACCAUCAUUGUUGGUUUGGUUAAUAUUGGAGCAACAAUUGGAGCAACUCUUCUAAUUGACCGUCUUGGACGGAAAGUUCUGCUCAUCAUCUCGGACGUUUUUAUGUUCAUUUGCCUAAUGUCUCUUGGGAUCUUUUUCUAUCUCAAAGAGUAUCGACCCACAACCAUCGAAGGACUAGGAUUCAUCCCCUUGAUUUCUUUCAUGCUCUUUGUCGUAGCAUUUUCACUUGGAUUCGGCCCAAUUCCUUGGUUAAUGAUGGGAGAAAUAUUUCCAGGAAGGAUUCGAGGAUCUGCGGCAGCAACGGCUACUGCAUUCAACUGGAGCUGUACUUUUAUCGUGACCAAAAGUUUCCCAGAAUUUGUGGCCGUAUUUGGAGGUCACAGUGCAUUUCUUUGCUUUGCGCUUGUAUGUUUUGUAGGAUUAUUUUUCAUUAUAUUUUGUGUACCUGAAACGCAAGGAAAAAGUUUGGAAGACAUUGAAAGGAAUUUGACCCGUCCAUUCAGGCGAAUUUCAUCCACAGCUAAUCUUAAACCACUCCCAAUGUCCAUGUAAAUUCAACCAAUAAAAUGAAGUGUACAAUACACUAAAUAAAUUUGGAUUCCAAAAGUAUAUUUAAAAUAAAAGACACUUAGUUGUAGAGGGAAAACACGUUGGGAAAACUUCUACUUUCCUUAGUGUUGUAAGUUUAGUAACAUAAAGGAUAUUUGUAAUAAUAUUCUACUUUAUCCGAGUGAUGCUAUGUUUAGAGAAGAUGACUUUUUAUACUUUAGAACCGUUACUGUUGUCGUUGGCCUAUGUAAAUGUUAAUACCGUGCAUUUCUUCACUAACUAAUCUUGAUAUUUAUGAUUGUUCCUUGAUGUUAGCUAUGUUUUGAUUUGACAUGGAUUCACUAAUUUACGAAAUUUUACACUAAAUAAACUAUAUGUUAAGGUAUACAAAAAAA